AUUCGUGUCCAAAGGGUAAAAUUUCACUGUAUCUUAUCUUCCAUACAACUACAAUCCUGCAUCUUCAAAUGGCUCAGAAGCUGGUGUUGAAGGUGAUGACCAUGACCGAUGAGAAGACAAAGAAGAAAGCUAUAGAAGCCGCUGCUGAUAUCUUCGGAGUAGAUUCGAUAGCGGCGGAUCUGAAGGAGCAGAAGCUAACGGUGAUCGGAGAGAUGGACACAGUGGCAGUGGUGAAAAAGAUGAAGAAAGUUGGGAAGGUUGAUAUCAUAUCAGUUGGUCCAGCCAAAGAAGAGAAGAAAGAAGAGAAGAAAGAGGAAAAGAAAGAAGAGAAAAAAGAAGAAAAGAAAGAGGAUGACAAAAAAUAAAAAGCACUAAAUUCCAUGUACUUUACUAUUCAGGCCUUUCUUGAUCGGAAAACUCUAUUCAUAGAAAGAAAAAAAAAAUUAUAUAAAAAAUUUCACAAAAGUAACGUGAUAGUUGUCAUUCUUGUAAAUAAACUCAUCAUUAUAAGGGUUUCAUUUUAAAAUAAAAAUUUUAAUUUGAACUUUAUCA